CUCGAGAACGAAAGGGGAGGUGGCCAAUCGAGGGCGAGGGAGCAUGCGGAGCGAAAGGGAAGCCUCAGGGGGGCGGGGGCGAAGCAGAGGGAGGCCUCCGCGUGCCCGCGCCCCCCCCCCCCGGGCCGGGCGGUGGCGCGGCAUGGCGCCCGCGGCGGGCGGCGGGUGCGAGCCCGUUGCUCUGCACGGCAGCCUCGGGCGCGCCAGGGCCGCGGCGCGGAUGGCGGGGCUCGGCGCGCUGCUCUGCGCCGUCGGCGCGCUGCAGUGGGACGCGCGCCGGCAGUGGCACGGCGUACUCCCGAAGGACCUCUCCACGGUGGUGCCCAACACGGCCCACCUCUUCGGCACACGCAACCCCGCGUACCGGCUGAGCGUCCCGGGGCAGGCUUCCCCUCCGAGCGACGUGCUCGCGCCGUUCGGCGAGGCCAUCCUCACAGAGGCGCUGCGGGUCAGCCAGCAAGAGGGCGGCACGGUUCAGGACGCCCUGGGGCGCAUUUGGGCGAAUUUUUGCCACGGUGAUGCCGACGGCGACGGGGCCACCAACGGGGAGGAGCUCGGGGACCCCUGCUGCACGUGGGUGCCCGGGGUCGUGCCGCCGUACAGGGUGUGGAACAUCACCAACCCGGGCUCGCGCAAGUCCAUGCUCACGCGCGAGCAGGUCGACGAGUUGUCGCCCAGCUCGUGCGAGGCGCCAGGCGGGCGCGAGAGAGAGGAGCAGUUCGCCGCUCAGUACUACAUGCGCCACGAGUCCGACCACCUGAGCGGGGAUGGCCUCAGGUGGAUGAAGUACCCCUGCUUCGCGGCCGUCGCAGCCCUGCUCGCGGAGUGGGCGCGCACCGGCGGGCUGCUCCACGACCUGCUCGGCGUGGGCCCCCGCGCCAGAGGCGCGGCCCGCCCCGAGGAGGACCUGGGCCGCCUCGAGCGCGCUGUGAUCUGCGCGGCGGCCUACGUGUGGACCGACGGCGUCGCUGGGCUCACGCACCUGUCGUUCGACUUCGCCCCGCGCUGGUACCCCAUCGUCGGCACCGUCGCCACGGGCUUCCAGUUCCACCACGUGCACCCUACCGCGUGGGUGGUCGUGCCGUUGCCGGUGAUGUUGUCGCACUCGCUACCCCUCCUCGGGCUGCUUGCCUCAGCGUGCACGGUAGUGCCGCAGAGGCGCCGAUUCCGGGCGUUCUGGAGCCUGACCAUGGUGUUGUGUCUCGUCACGGUUUUGACUCAUAGGUGGGUGCACACGCCGCCAGACCAGCAGUACGCCUGGUUCCGCUUGCUACAGAACAUGGGUCUGCUCAUGUCGCACGAGCAUCACAUGCUUCACCACGACUCUCUGGUCACACAGUUCAGCAACCUGUCUGGCGUCACAGACUGCAUCCUCGACUACAUCGCCACUAGGUGGCUGCCUCCGACGCACUACCAGCAGUGGCUCACAAUCACUCUGCUGUAUUUCGCGGUGCCCAUCACCCUGGGGUCCGACGCCUUUGCGGAAGCCGUGCGGCGCCGUUCCGGGCGCGUGUCCGUGGCGGGCGGCUGGCUGCUCUCGGAGGAUCACAGCGCUAAGGUGGUGUGAUACCUCACGGCGGCUGUGAUGUCCUUAAGGCCUUCGGGACUCACGACAAGAGACCGUCGAGGUUCAAGGCCAGAGUCACCGCGCAGCGGAGACCUUCUGCAACUCGUAGUGUCCUUCCUCCCUCCUUCCCAUCCUCUAUUUGUAUGUUUUUCUCUUCGUAGCUGUGCGCCUGCGCAGUUUUUCCCCUCAGCAGUAUGCCCAUGCAUGCCCGAUGGCUGGGUCGGUUGCUCUUGGAGGCCGUGGGUCAGCAUGCGUACAGCUGAGCAUAGCCGAGCCAAGAGCUCGUGAGCAAAAGAGAAGAGGGAGGCCCCCUCCACAGGCGGCGGUUCCUAGAGGAUCUGGACGCCUCCAGAGGCCCAGCAAAGUGCCCC